AUGAGGUGCUUGCGGGGCAAAGAAAAGAAGAUCAAGAAGAACAUUAUGGGGUUCAUCCUUGGAAGCACCAUCUGCAACAUCAUCAAUAUGUCACUGUGGCCGCUGAUGAUUGACUGGCACAGCCACAGGAUGUGGAGACUGGGUGUGACGUUUUGUGAAAUAAUGGUCAACAUAAAGCAAAUCACCAGCACCCUCUCCUUCUGUUACGUGUCCUUUAUUUCAUUCUCCAUCUACACCGUUAUCGUGUGUGGCUGGAAAAUCAUUAACCACAAGCUGUUUGUAGCUUUUGAACUGCUUUCUCCACUUUUGCCCGUGUUCAUCGAAGAGCUAUCCGAGCAUCUUCUUGGCUUGAAGAAUGGCCAUUACGACAGCGUUAACCAGACCUGUUUCACCAGCCUCAAUGACAAAACCAUGAAGAUUCGAAUGCUGAUGAAGCUCAGCGUGUUUCUCCCCUUGACCAUUUACUUCUACAUCCACAUCCUGCACACUGUGUUUAAGAGCGCUCGGCUCACAAACAGAAACCAAGAUACUAACAUUAGGCUCACCAAAAUAUUUUCUGCUAUUUUUCUGAUCACUUUAGCUGCGCAUACCCCAGAAGGAGUGCUCCCCUUCAUCACUGACGAGAGCAAGUGUUUUGAAACUGCUGCCGAAUUCUUGAUUGAUCUGCCAACCUUCUUAUUCCACACCUUCCACACCUUUGUGACGCUCUCCUUUCUCGGGCGCUUCUGGGGUUCUUCCCUCCGCCACCUCUACCUCUCCAACAAUCGGCUGCAGUUCUUUCUGGCUGGAGCUCUGCAGCCCUUGGGAGACCUGGAGGUGCUCCAUCUCCAUGGCAACCCCUGGACCUGUGACUGUCAGCUGCAGUGGCUGCUGGAGUGGAACAGGAAGUCUGAUGGGGUGAUAAAGUACAAGAAAGAGCGAGAGUCAGAGAGCUGCGCCUUGUGUUUCUCUCCUCAAUCCCUCAACGGCAGUCAAGUCUUCCAACAUUCCCUUGAAAAAUUCUCCUGCGAUAAACCAGAGAUCCAGUCUCUGCUGAAGCAGAGUGAGAAUGCCUGGGAGGACUCAGAUCCUGAACUCUUGUCCGCUCAAGACUUUCUGCCCCCAUUGGGCCAACUCACCUUUGUCCUGUCGGAUAACCAGGGAAACGUGGCGCACGUUGGCUGCAAAGUCAAGCUCCCAAAUGAAGGAGCACUGGUGGUCUGGGAGCACCUAGGUGAGCAGGGAGAGCUGGCAGUCAAUGUAAGCUUGCAAGCCUUGCUUGAAUGCGAGAUUGAGAAGGAUGAGCUUCAAAGGCUGUGGAGGCUCAUCGCCUAUUACUACGAGAGCCCUGCUAUACUACAACGGGGUCAGAUGUUACAGAAUGCAUCCCAAACCACCUUCCAGUACAGGCAGGUACCAAGUGAAUAUACCCCCUAUUUUACAGAGCUCAAGGGACACCUGCAAGCAGAGCCAGCCUGGCUGUUGCAGCCCAAUGUGAGCGUCCAGCUGAACAGAAGGAAAACCACCACUACGAAGCUGGUCCUGAAUUACACCACCCAUAUCUCACACAGCUUCAGCAGCUGGGAGGAGCACAACUCUGUCCCCACUGCCUGGGUCAUGAUACGAAGAGGGCCUGAGGGGAGGGUGAAGGCUGUUUUGGACGGAACCAGGGUAACUCCGGGAUGCGAAGUGAUGAGUUCUGGGAAAGUUAAAUUUGAGUGGAUCCUUCCAGAUUUGUUGAGAGCCAAUGCUUCUCACAACCAUCUGGUGGUAUCUAAAAAUGGCCAUUUAUUUAUAAAGCCUGUGGAUGUUUCAGACUCAGGGGUUUACUAUUGCCUUGCCCAGAGUGAGGAUGAAGUCGAUUUGGUGCCUUUCAGGUUAACUGUGAGGGAACUACUGCUCAGCCCAGAGAGCGUAAAUGGCAAAGAAAUGUCUUUAUACAGUGGUGACUCUCUAACUCUUCCCUGCACUGUCUCCUCGCCUCCCCCCAACAAUAUCAGCUGGUUCCUCCCUCAAAAUAUAAUCUUAUUACCAUUGACCCAAAGCAAUAGAAGGUAUGUUUAGCAGAAUGGGACCCUGAUCAUCACAAAGGCUUCCCAAGAGGACGCUGGGGAAUACAGCUGCUUGGCCAACAACCUUUAUGGGGUGGACAUUCUUUCCCAUCUUGUCGUAAUCAAAGAGAAAGUGAAUUCAGGUCCAUCCCAGCUAGUUGGGCACGGUAAUGAGUCAACAGUCAGAAUGUCCUACCAGAGGUACCAGAUAACAGAGGAGGAGGAACGGGGGUCAGGUGGAGAGGAACCGCAGAGUGGCAGGGUGGAAACCCAUGUGAUCUCUGACAAGACCACCAGGAGGCCUCCAGGUGCAGUCCAAAAGGGGUCUACUAGUCAAGACCAGCAAGGAAGGAAGUCAUGGGAGGGCAAGAGGAGAACAAACCUGUCAGUAAAAGACAUUGACCCCAAACGCUGGGCUCAGUUACUGGCCAAAGCUCAUGCUAAGCUCCCUGCUGAGACAACUUUUGCCAUUCCUGAAAUAUAUGAAAACACUAUAACUCAAGAGGUGCCAAUGCCACCUGGAUACACUGAAAAAGAGUCUGCAUCUGUAGAAGAUGAAUUUGAACCCUUACAGCCAACUCCAACAUUACUCCCAAUGCAGAUUCCUGAGACAGCAACGUCUCCUCAGUACAUAGAACCAGGUCUGACUAAAACGAUGUCAAAAGCAGACAGGAGAAAUCACAGAUCUGAAAAAAAACAGCUCAAGCAGAGUUGGAAGUAUACAAACCAAUUCAAGUCCCACUGUAUCUUUUGGGUUGAGACCAAAAUCCCCAGCAGGAACGCUACUAUAGUUCAAACAGACCACCUCCCAACCAAAACAAAAGAAGCAAAAGCUGCAUCAUCACCCACCUCCAAAAAUGAAAAGGACAAAAAUUCUGGCCCACAUGAUGCAUUUUCUGGAGCACAUCAUGGCCUGCAGUUGGCUGCCACCAAGACCCCUAAAGCUAUUGAAUCAACAGGAAAGGGCAGUAGCUUUACUGCCUCUUCAAACUACAGACUCCAGACCACCCAAUCGCCUAUGAGGGAACACCACAAGCCAGUAAACGAUAUCUUACAUGGCAAGAAUGACAAUAAUAUGUUGCCCUCAGCCAACAACGUAGGGAAAAUUGUUUGGUUUUCCAAAGAGACAAAGCUCCAAAUCUUUCCACCUGAAACAUCUUCUACCAGGAUAAUUUUCCACCAAUCCACCAGGAGUGAAAAAAGAGGUACUACCCCUCAGACACACAUUGAAAAACAGUGGAGGGCUACAGAACAGCCAAGGUUUGAAAUAACAAAAGCUUUGCCCCCUGUUAUGAUGCAGCCUCCGGCCCAGAAAACAAACAUCAAACCUCCACCUUCAUAUAUUCCAGUGUCUUUUCCUUCACAGUCUACACUGUUCCCUCCUUUAGCAAAAUCUGAGUCUACCCCCCUUCCCCCAAAACCUAAUACCACGUUUCCUGCAGGAAAUUCUCAAAAGCCAAAGUAUACAUCUUUAACAUUGUCAAGUUCAAGGAAAUCCACUGAGGCAUCUGAGAAAGCUGUAAAUGGAGGACAGGCCUUCCAGGACUCAAGCAGCCUUCAAAGGGAAACUCAGUCAAAAAUAAUUAAAGGGCAUGAAGGUUCUUUGAGAAGCAAAUCAGAAAACCCCCUGAAUCCAGUUGUACAGGGGAACAGUCCCCAGUCCUCUCGUAAAUACCCCAUGGCAGGUUUCCAUCACCCUUCCAUCACCACUUUACCCUGGGCCGCUAAUAGCAGGCCCCCAGCCUGGCCCUCAAAUCACUACUCUCUGCGUUACCCAUCACACCCCAACAGGGCUUGGCCUUUCCACCACUUUGACACCAGAGACUCUGUGGUUACUAACCAUCCAGAAAUCACAGGGGUGACUGCCAAACCAACUGCCUUUGUCCCUGUGACAGCUUCCCUAACUGAAAUACAAGCUCUGUACUCAACCGUUCAUCCUCCAAAAAGCUCCACCGAAAGCAGAGCUGGAGAAUCCAGACUGUGGAACCAAUACAGGCAUCCCUCUGUUGACCCCCACCAUCCUGUGCAGGCAGGCAGAAGCGUCGCCCACCAGCCCAGCUUGCACCCUCGACCAUCCCCGGCCUCUCCAAAGCAUUACAGGCCAGUGACCCCAGUAUACCCAUCUCUACCUUUUACCACAAGCCAGCCUUCCUCUACCCCAAGUGUUUUAUUUGGUGGUCGCUGGCACUACAACCACUGGCUACCAAGAAAAUCCAGCACUGCACUGCUGUUCCCGAAUCUGAUGGGCAAAGGAAUAAAGCCGAGAAUCCAUUCUGUGAAUACAGUCAGUGUGCCAGCACUGGCAGAGACAAAUGUGUUUCUGCCAUGCAAGGCUUCAGGAGACCCACCACCCUCAUUAUCCUGGACCAAGGUAUCCACAGGUGCUACUAUGCAAGCUAGCACAAGUCAUGGUCAGAGAUUCGAAGUUUUACAAAAUGGUACAUUUGUAAUUAAAAAUCUACAGCUGCAAGACCGAGGGCAGUACCUCUGCACGGCACAGAAUAAAUUCGGGUCAGACCGGAUGGUAAUUACUCUUGCGGUUCUGACACAGCCUCCCAGGAUAAAAACCCCAACUUUGAAGGAUGUUUCGGUCUAAAUAGGACGUUCUGUUGACCUGGAGUGCAUUGCAGAGGGCAAACCCCAGGCACAAAUCUCCUGGAUUCUUUCAGACAGGACAUUUGUACGCAGUUCCGGGCCUGUUGACACUAGAGGAGCGCUCCUUCCCAAUGGCACGCUAAGGCUACAAGCAGCCAAUUUUUCCAGUAAGGGUGACUACAAGUGCAUUGCCAGCAACGCAGCUGGUGCUGACACUGUGAUGUACCACCUCCAUGUAGCAGCUCUGCCUCCCUCUAUCAACGAAGAGGCCUCAGAGAACGUAGCACUGACUGUUGGCUGUAGCGUCUACAUCCACUGCACAGCCAGGGGGGAGCCCAAGCCCCUCCAGAAGCGGACCCUUCCUGGAGGGGUGCAGAUAAAGCCCUCUCAGUUCUUAGGCAGAAGACUUUUUGUUUUCCCCAACGGGAUGCUCUUUGUGAUGAACGUUUCUCCAUCCGAUUCGGGAGUGUAUGAGUGUUCUGCCACAAACACAGUGGGCAGCAGCAAGCGAUUGGUGCACCUGCAUGUCAAACAUGAAACCAGAUCCCCAAGUACACAGCAGCACAGAGUGACAGCCAUGUACCGGACCACCGUCUACCUGCACUGCCCCGUGUCUGAGGACACACAGCAUGGAGCAUUUUGGAAACUCCCAUCCAAACAACUGGUGGAUUAUCUCAUCAGCACAGAGAGACAAACCACAGCCUCCCCCAAUGGCACGCUAAGGAUCCAGUCGGUAACAGAGCGAGAUAGCGGCGAUUACCUCUGCAUGUCCAGGAGCCUCACCGAUGAGGACAUGGCCCUCUUCCAGCUGGAGGUGUUGAUGAAACCACCCAAAAUCGAGCACACGGGAGGAGCUCAGAAGAGUGUGUCUUACGGGGGAAACUUUCAAGUGGACUGCGUGGCUUCGGGGCUUCCAGACCCAGAGGUGACCUGGAGCCUCCCGGACGGGACCAUGAUCAACAACGCACUCCAGUCAGACGACAGCGGGGUGCGUUCCCGUCGCUACGUCAUCAGAAAUGGGACUCUCUUCCUGAAGAAGAUGGGCACGAGAGAUGAGGGAGACUACACCUGCUACGCAGAGAACAAGCUGGGGAAGGUUGAGAUGAGAGUCAGCGUCAGGCUGGUCCCAGACUCUCCCAGCAUCUUAUUCAAGGAACAGACAGUGCUGUGGGGCAGAAUCGGGGAGCCUGCUUACAUGAAAUGCGAGGCCACUGGGGAGCCGGCCCCGACAAUCAUAGGGUUGUCCCCAAGAAAUGACAUAAUCACAGUCUCCAACACCAGAUACCAGGUACUUGGAGAUGGCACUUUGGUUAUCAGGCAGUUGGGUGUUGCAGACCGCGGGACAUACGCUUGCGUCGCACGAAACACAGAGGGAGACGACAUAAAGAAUGUGAAGCUGGAGGUUGAAGGCAAACAACCUCAGAUCAACGGACAAGCAGGAAACAGUACCAUAAAGGCAACAGCAGUUUCCUAUCAGACAACGAUGUUGGCCUGCAAUGCGGAGGGUUUGCCUGAGCCACAGGUCAGCUGGACAACACCCUACUUUGGUGGUAGAUUUCAGGUUCACAGGAAUGGUAGUUUAGAGCUGAGGGGCCUCAGAAGGUCUGAUGCAGGUCAGUUUCUAUGUAUGGCACGCAACAAGAUGGGAGAAGCAAGGCUGGAAGUUGAACUAGAGGUGAUAGCUACAGCAGGAAGGCCCAGCUUCAAAUUGCCUCAAAACGAAGCAGUUAUCCUCAAACCAGGAGGCAAGGCCAUCAACCUAGAUUGUACUACACAUGGUAAACCUGCUCCACAGAUCACAUGGGUGUUGCCCAAUGGCACCCUGCUGGCACCAGGCACCAGGCUCUUGAGGUUCCUUCAUGUCAAGGGCAAUGGGACGCUACAAAUACUGAGCUCUGUCUCAACCAAUGCAGGGGCAUAUCGAUGCAUUGCAAGAAAUACUGCUGGACAGGCAGAAAAACGUUUCAUCUUGGAGCCAGGGAGGAAACCGAAGCUGCACUGGACACCAGGGCAGGUGAGGGUUUCAUACGGGGAAAACCUGAACCUUCACUGCUCUGUUGAGGGCUGGCCUCAGCCCACUAUCUACUGGACUUUAGCCAACGGCCUGGUAAUAGACAAGCCACAGGUUAUCGGACGGGCAUCCUAUUUAAUCAACGGCACUCUCCAGCUUCGUGAGACUCUCACCUCGGAUAGGGGGGCCUACUCUUGCAAAGCCAUCAAUGAGUUUGGCACUGCAUCGGUGUCAAUCCCGGUUACAGUAACAGCGUAUCCUCCCCGUAUCAACAAUGCUCCUCCAUCCAUCACAAGGGUUAACAGGGGCUCCCCUGUGCAGCUGAGUUGCGUUGCUUUCGGCAUACCGAAGCCAGAUAUAUCUUGGACUUUUCCAGGUCACACCACGCUUGUGCCUAGCAACCGCUUUGCCACUCAGGGUGGCAUUCACAUGACACCUUAGGGGACUCUGGUCAUCCAGAACCCAGUGCUAUUGAACUUCAGGAUUUACAAAUGUAACGUAAAGAAUGCUCUUGGUAUGGACUUCAAAGCCACAUAUUUGCAGGUAUUAUGAAAAGAGACAAAGUACACAAAGUAUUGAAAAAUAUCAGACCACUGGAAAACAGCUCCAAACUCAGUAAAUCACCCUCAAGCCAACGAAUAACAAUGUGUUAAAAUUCGGCAAACUUUUGUUAAAUGCCUAUGAUUUGCACUAUGCCAAGAUCAAAGAACUGCAUAGAAAAGCAAACUAUAGGGACUACCAAACUUAACACUAUAGGUAUCCACCAACUCAGUCUAGUUUGCAUUCACUUUGAAUCGAUGGACUUAAAAGAAUUUGAAAAAGUGUGAUGCCUCACAGAU